AUGGAUUCACCGAUAGCAUUGCUUGCACUUCCCCUCGUCGUCAUCUUCUCCGCCUCUUUGGCCAGUGCAGAAUCCAAACUGGUAAACGAGGUCUGCAGUAAAACCAAAGAUUACUCGAGCUGCGUCGCAGCUCUGCAGCUCGACCCACGAGCUGCAAAAGCAACUACGCUUCGUUCUCUCGGCGUAAUUGCUUUGCAAAUAGCAUCGAAGGACACUGCCGGGAGUCGAAAGGAUGUGGACCAAUUGCUCAUGGACCCAAAGACGAGUUCCUCAUGGAAGCCGGUGCUCGAGUCUUGUAAGGCUAACAUCGACACCGCGGCUUUGCAGUUCUCAGUAGCGAGUCGUGAACUUGCACAAGGCGCAUUGUCUGCAAAUUAUGAUGUUUUGUUGGCCUCGGAUGCAAUCGACCCGUGCUUGAAGUCCAUGACAAGUAGCCAGCAGAAUAUUCCACCAUUAGUCACCAUAUGCACUCGUGCCAAAACUUUCGUUUCCAUCGGCCGUGUCGUUACCGACUAG